AUUUUGAAAUCAAACUGCAUACAGUCAGUUAUUACUUCCGAGUAAAUUAACUAAAGCAAACAUUUACUAUUCGCAAUGAAGCCGUUACGUGGUUCUCAUCGGGAAUCAUCAAAAAUACCCAACCUGAAAAACAAGUCUAAAAAGAAGACUCGUCCAGCAGCCGAUCAACCGGAUUCACCGCCUGCUACCGACAACAAUGACAAGAGCAAACAUCAAAACCCUCCAAAAGAUGGAAAAGCUUCUAAAACUGCCCCUAAAGUCAAAAGUUCAAAAACCCUCAAACCGAUGCCAAGAUCCUCCAUCAAUGCACUGGAGAAUAUGCUGAACCUUGCAAUAAUGACAACUCUUGGUUUGAGACAAACAGAAAAGGAGGAGAGCCAGAAACAUCUAAAUAUUGUGAAAAACAGAUUCUUGAGUCAUUGCGCAGAGCUUCAAGUUCCAGUGCAGAAACAUGAAACGUUAGGUCAGUCAUGGCCGCGCCACCGUGAGGAGAGCAGAAAGUGCCAGGCCCAAAAGCAAACUCUGACUCCCCUGGAGGAAGACCUGAAGGCUGUGGUCCGUGCGUUGGAGAGCACAGAAGAGCAGACGUCCUCUUUGCAGCGUGUUUGCAGUUCUCUGAGAGAACAACUGGAAGAGGAGGAGGAGAAAGCUAAAGAGAUGUUACAGAGAAGCAAGCAAGCGGUCGUCCGACUACCUUCUCGCCCGCCUCGGAAUGAUGAAACAACCUUGGAGGCUGAGUUAAUGAGAGAAUAAUUCCCGGACGAAGACUGUGAGACCAUCUCGCGUAAACUGGGAGCAAUCUUGCAAAAGGAGAAGUGGUGGAAUAAAAAAAAACAAGCAGCUAACUUCAGAUCGGUUUUGUAAAUGUGAUUUGUUCCCUGCAAGAAGCUGCUAUGUUUUUUUUUGUUUUCUUUAAAUAAACUUUCAAGAUAUGUAUAAAAGUGUUUUGGAGUGUUGCAGUUUGUAGCUGACACUUUUUUUAAAAAUGUUUUCAAUUUCUAAGUCUGCAUUUGUAAGAAUAAAAGCAAUCCUACACCAGUU